UAAAUGAGGAGGACAUUGACCGACCACAUACAGUGAUACAGAUAUAUCUGUCUAUCUCUCUCUCUCUCUAGAUAUCUCUUGCGCGAGGUUGAGAAAUGGCAAAUAUUUUUCAGCCUGAGCACCAGUACCAUUUUUUCCCAUGGUUCUUCCUGUUCAUGAUUGUGCUGUCACUGCUGCCCUGCUCUACGCUUGCAGACGUUGGGACUGCUGCAUCUUACGGCCCUCCAUACAACCCAACGGCGUGCUUUAAUGGGGACCCUGGUCAGUUCCCGGCGGACAGUUUGUUUGCGGCUGUAGGUGAGGGGAUCUGGGACAAUGGCGCUGCUUGUGGCCGUGAGUACAUAGUUCGGUGCCUGAGCUCAGCUACUCCAGGGGCUUGUCUGGCGGACAGCACCGUGCGGGUACUUGUGCUUGACCGUGGCACCGUGCUGCAUUCCAGCCCUUCGGCUAACGACACCACCAUAGUCCUCUCCAAACAAGCCUUUCGGAAGAUUUCCACCCUCUCUGCUCCAGUCAUCAACGUUGAAUUUGCAGUGGUAUGACAUAGACUUUUCAUUCAGGGGCCGGCAUGUGUAGCGGCAAUUUAGCGGUGGAUAGCUCUUGGUCUUUGUGCCCGAUUCGCUGUAUGAUCAUGUGAUCAGUGCUCGAAGUUUGUUUAGAGCUAGCUACUCUCCAUGUUGUUAAUUCACAUGCAAAUCCUAGUCAAUCAAUUAUUAUAUAUAUAUCAUUUUUAUUUCUCUAUUUGCUUUUUGUAUGCGUUUUUGUUGAGCUUUACAUAAAAGAUUGCAUGUGAGAGCUGCUGCACAAAUGGAAGAAUUACAUGCGUGAUUGAAGGAGAAUGAAUAAAGAAAGAAGUC